GUACAAACGAAAAAGAAACAGUCCCCAAAACGCUGCCGUUUUAAUACGACGCUUCCUUCAUCAUCGGUUUGAAGUCUACCGAUUUUUCUCAGCUCCGACGUAAAACCACCGAUCGGUCAGUAUUUGAGAUUUCUGAAAUCCCCUCGAAAUAUUUAUUUCCUCAAGUAACUGAGACUGAAGAAGAAUAACAAAAAUGGAGAAAUUGGCGAAAGAGUGGUUUUCGAUGAGCGGCGGAGAUCAGCCGCAGCCGCAGCAGCAGCAGCAGCAAACAGGAACGUCUCUGCUAUCUGAUUGGAAUUCGUAUGCAGCAUCCAGAGAUUUCGAAGAAGAUACCGGAGGUCUUAGCUUCGAUAUCGAAUCCGCCGUUAGAUCUGCCAACGACACUGUUUCCGGCACCUUUAAUGUCUUUUCGAGAGGAGUUAGAGAUAACCUGCAGUCUGCAACAAGCAGUAUGCCUUCAGGAAAAGCUUUGAUGUAUUUCGGUUUACUUCUAGCAAGUGGCGUAUUCUUCAUCUUCAUUGCCUUCACCAUGUUUCUUCCAGUCAUGGUGCUUAUGCCACAGAAAUUUGCUAUUUGUUUUACCCUUGGAUGUGGAUUUAUCAUCGGAUCAUUCUUCGCCCUCCGUGGCCCAAAAAAUCAACUAGCUCACAUGUCAUCACCAGAGAGGCUUCCACUAACUUUAGGAUUCAUUGCCACCAUGGUUGGUACCAUUUAUGUCUCGAUGGUUCUCCAUAGCUACAUUCUCUCUGUGAUUUUCUCUGCGUUACAGGUUAUUGCACUGGCUUACUACUGUAUAUCCUACUUCCCUGGUGGAUCAUCGGGAAUGAAGUUCCUCACUUCUACUCUUACCUCCUCUGUCUUCAGAAUGUUUGGGAGAUAAGCUUUUUGCCUCUGACUUAUCCGAAGAAAAUAACUUGUUUCUCUGGUGUGUAAUGAUGAAAAAUCUGUUAACAGUGGUUAAAAUGACAAAUCUGGUAAUAUAUGUUGGUGCAAAGGCUCAAAAGACAAAGUUUUGUUAUGACAUUUUGAUUUUGAUUUUUUUCUACCAAACUGGUUCGAAUCACCAGCUGGAACUUGAAGAGUGGUCUUGAUUUUUACUUUCUUCAAGGUUACGAGUUAGCUUCAGUUUUUUUUUUUUUUUUUUUUUGGCUGUGAAUUAUUGCAUCAAAUUAAGGAAGAAACAACAUGUAGUA